UUGGCCUUAUCCACGUCGAGGACUUAACAUACUUAUUGCUUAACUUCGCAAUUGCUUGCAUGCUUGCCUUCAUUCAGCCUUCAUACUUUUAUAAGUACCGCUAUGCGUUCCCGUUCAUCUCAGAAAACAACAUCUACCUCCAAAAACACAUCUGCCUCGCAGAAGCGCACGACGCUAAAGCUGGAACCAAGUACCGCGAACACCAGACGUAUCAAUCCUUUGACUGCUUUUAUCAAUGUUCCUCUUUCGCAAGAAGAAUUGUCAUCAACGCAGUCUAGUUCCAAAAGGAAGGGGAAAGAGAAAGAGAUCAUGAAGGAUCCUUCACCAUCUCAAGAGAUAGAAAUUCAAGGUGAUGCUUGACCCUCGUUGUUGCGUCUAUGCUGAUGAACAUAGUAGACAGUGGCCAAUUGUGGGUUGAUAUGUAUGAGCCGCGAUCGGAGGCAGAGUUAGCCGUCCAUGUGCGGAAGGUGGAAAAUGUUCGUAAUUGGCUGCGCGAAUCACUGGAAGGUGGACCGUUCGGAAAGUUACGCAAAUACCGGCGGGUUUUAGUUCUCACGGGACCAGCGGGAACUGCCAAGUCAUCGACAAUACGAGUCUUGAGCCAGGAGUUGAAAUUUGAAAUCAUUGAAUGGAAGAGUUCGACUAGUGAAAGUUUUACAAAUGCUACAGAUUUCGAUGCGACGUCUUCAGGCCUUUGGGUGUCGGAUGAUACAAUAUUCACCAAAUUCCGGUUAUUUCUAGAGCGCGCAUCACAGUGCCAGAGUGUUUUCAGCUCAUCUUCUACACCAAACCCUCGGAAACGACCACUCCCUUCAUCGUCGCUCUCAAGCUCUAAUUCGAAUCCAACACCGAUUCAGCGCAUCAUUCUUCUUGAAGAUCUACCCAACGUCCUACACUCCAAUACUCGCUCGCAGUUUCACGAUGUAAUUCGGUCCUUGGUUGAAAACCAAGAUCCCAAUCCAGUCCCAGUUGUCAUUGUCCUGAGCGAUUCGGGUAUGAGAGGUGAGGCAGGAGACGAGCGUCUGGCCAGUGGUGUCUGGGAACGAGACCAGGACAGCGCAGUUGAUAUCAGAAGUAUACUCCCGAAGGAUGUUCUCAAUGGGCCCUAUGUGGAUGAGAUCAGGUUUAAUCCAAUUGCCCCUACACUACUGAAGAAGGCUCUUCAAGCGCUGCUCAGUAGAAAAUUUUCGUCGCAGAAAUCUCCCAUAAACGGCCAGAUGCUCGACAUCAUUGUUGACUCUGCCAAUGGCGACAUUCGAAGUGCAAUCAUGGCGUUACAGUUUGCUUGUAUCAGAUUGAAUAACAAAACGAAGGGCGCAGACGCACAGGUUCUCAUGGAAAGUAUCACUCGAAGGGAGCAGAGCUUGGCUUUGUUUCACUUGAUGGGGAAGGUGUUUUAUAAUAAACGUAAAGGUGAUCCUCCGGCUCCCUCUGCUUCUGCCAGGGAUAUAAAAAAGGAUCAAGAAAUCGAUAAAAGGUUGAAGGACCCACCGAAACUACCACCGUACUUGAGCGAACACGACAGGAAGGCUAGUCGAGUGGACGUCAAUACCAUCUACUCUGAUUCGCCAAUCGACUCCUCUCUGUUUUCGUUGUACAUUCACCAAAACUUCAUCCAGUUUUGUACUGAUGUAGACCAGUGCGAUGGAAUUGCCGACUGGCUAAGUUGGGCUGACUCCAGUGGCGGAGAUACAUGGUAUCAAGUCAACCCAUAUAGAUUUCAUCUACUUGCCCUGGGGACACUUCAUUCACUUCCAGCUCCAGUCCCACGUUUGAAUCAAAAAGUUUGCAAACCAGAUUUUUUCGACAAUAUCAAUAAAGAGAAGGAGUCGUGGGAUGGUGUACGAGACGUUCGGUCAUGGAUCAUCAACCAGGUACAUGAGCUUUACUCCCGUCCGCCAUUUUCAACAUUGAAACUGCUUGUAGGGCACUGACAGCGGUUGGAACUUCAGCGGUUGGAAUCCUAGAACAAUAGCAACCGAGCUCGGAGGUGUAUUGCGCGCACGAGAUGCAACGUCUUCA